AUGGAGCAAACAAAAGCCCUCAGCGCCCUAGAGCCAUACCUCGCCCUCAUCCGCUCAGCAUCCUCGCCCGCCCCCGCCGCCCACCUGAUAACUCUCGCAACCAGCGCGCCGAAUACCUACGUAUUCAGCGAGCUGCUCCGCACCCCCAACAUCCAGGCGCUCUCCUCAUCCUCCGAAUACUCACCGUAUCUCACCCUCCUUAAGAUAUUCUGCUACGGCACCUACGCCACAUAUACCUCUACGGCCGGCUUACCCACCCUUAGCGAUGCACAGCUGGUCAAGCUUCGGCAACUGUCGCUGCUCACGCUGGCCAAGAACUCGGCCGAUCUGAGCUAUGAGAAUCUUACGGCCGCGCUGGGGCUGCAGACGCCGCGGGAGCUCGAGGAUCUAGUAAUCUCCGCCGUGUACGCGGGGCUGGUGACUGCAACGCUGGAUCCGCAUAACAAGCUCGUGGUGGUAUCCUCGGUCUCCCCGCUGCGAGAUCUCGAACCCGAGUCCAUCCCCGCCAUGAUAAACACGCUUGAUGAAUGGUCUGCACGUUGCAGCUCUACGCUGCUUGACCUGGAGAAGCAGAUGGCGGGUAUUAAAGCGGAGGCGCUGAAGAGGCAUAAGGAGGAACAGGAAUGGGCUGCUGAGGUGGAGAGGUUAGUUGAUGGGAAGAUUAAAGAACCUCAGAGGAGUGAGGAGUCUACGGGGAAUAUUGGCGGGAUUAUGAGUGGCUUGGGGCGGAGAUUGGGAGGUGGCGCGGCCUCGAAGAGGGGUGUUGGUAUGAUGGGCGUUGGUGGCCGGGCUGAUGCUGAUGAUAUGGAUGUUGAUGAGAAUGACGAGGAUGCUGGGGAGAGAAAGGGGUUGAGGUCUGGGAAGAAGAGGGGCUUUGGGUUUUGA